CAGUCGGGCCCGGAUCGGAAGAUCGCCGCCCGCGUCCCCCUAGUGCGCUCCGACCUGCCCGCUCGGCGGAAGUUACCGUCUGCCGCUGCUCGCCUGUUGCCCCGCGGGACGAACGCUCCACGUCGCGCGCAUCGGGACCCAGCGUCACGUGCACGCACGCUUCUUUCACCGCCGGUUCGUGCAACCACCUACGGUCAAGAGCACACGGCGCUCGCUGCUUGCCAGCCAGCGUACCUGGUAGUGCCGACUGUUCAGCAGUUAUUCUUGAGAACUUCGCAGGAAACAAAAACAAAGAAAAGCAUAUAUCGAGUUGCCUUGUUUUACUUUCGCGAAACUAAAUCGCCACUGAGUCGUUCACAACGAGUAUAAAGUGCAGUGAAGCAAGCGUAGCGUAUCGUGAAGUCGUGUCCGUACAUUUGCCGCGCUAUCAAAGUACACUUCGGGACGAACGACGGAGUUCUGUUGCAAAGGGCGUGUGCUGUCGGUUGAAGUCGCCUGGGAUCUCCAGCUGUUCCGUGCCGGAGACAACAGUGACGACGACGUCUUCUGGAUUUUUGAAAGCUGUGAUCGUCUGACCCUUACUGCAGGAGGGGCAAUCACAUCGAAGGCGUACUUCUGACCAGGAGGAAUCACAGGAGCAACACAGCGGGCGCCCAAAGCGGAGCAGGUGCAACAAGCGGGAUGUCUACAAAUAACACGGCCGCCGAUCCGGGGGAGGAAGCCCGCCGGCGGGCCAAGAAGGACCGCAAACUGAUCAAGAAGUUCGAGAAGGAGAAGGAGCGCAUGCGCAGGGAGCUGGCCAUGGAGGACGAUUACGCGGAUCCCAUCAAGGAGUUCAUGCCGCCGGAAGAAGAGGAGGACGACGACCUGCGCAUGAAGGCCAUCCAGGCUUUGCGGGAGUGGGUGCAGCAGCAGCCGCACUUCGUCAACUGCAGGACAGAUGACAAAUUCCUGCUCAGAUUCUUGCGGGCACGCAAGUACUGCAUGAGCUCUGCGCAAGAGACCCUGGACAAGUACCUUACGGUCAGAACGACGUACCCGAUCUUCUUCAAAUGCCCGGACAUCUACGAAGAGUCCUUGCGUGAUCUCUUAUCGAAGGGCUACUUCUUCCCACUCUUCGAAAAGGACAGUCAGGGCCGCACAAUCGUGUUUGGAUUAGCAGGCGCCCUGGAGCCUCGCAUCCACAAAACGAUCGACAUCUACCGGGCGUUCUCUAUGAGCUUCGAGGCGCUGCUGGAGGACGAGGACAACCAGAAGAAUGGCCUCACAUACAUCCUCGACGAGAGCGGAUUCAGGCUAAGUCACUUGGCGCACGUCAACCUUAGGGAUGUCCAGCGAGUCAUGAUCAACGGCGAGAAAGGCUGGCCCAUGCGCCACAAAAACAUCCACUGGGUGAACGUGCCGAGGUACAUAUCGGCCAUCUACGAGCUGGCGCUGAGCAUGUUCAGCAGGAAGCUGCAGAGCAGGAUGUUCGUCCACUUCGAGGUCUCCAGUCUGCACGAGCACAUAGACCCCCAGAUCCUGCCCAUGGAGUUCGGAGGGACCAUACCGAUCAAGGAGAUGGCGGCCGCCUGGAUCAAGAAUCUCGAGGAGAAACGGGAGCUGCUGAUGUCGCUUGACCUGAUGGGUGUCGACGAGAGCAAGCGGCCCAAGAAGGAGAAACGCCAGGGCUACAGCCUCAUGAGGCUAUGGAACAGCAUCACGCGGUUAGAGGUCUACUGAUCACCCACCCCGGACGGACUUGACACUGACGACACCUUCGCAGCGCCACAAUUGUGCUAUAGAAAUGUGGACAUGCGCGCCCACACUUUCUCGCUCAUGUGCACACCUUCUUUUUUUCAUGUAAUUGCGAUACUCUCGCCUCACUGCGGGACAGCCACUCAGCCAAUGCAAGGAAACGAUGCUUUUGUUGAUUUAGAAUAAUAAACACACACAACUUUUUUUCACUCUUCAA